CGUAGAUAACAAGAAGUGUUAACUCUCUCUCUCUCAUUCUAUCAAGAAAUGACGUUGCCAUCUCUAGUUAGAAGACGUUCAAGUGGCGAAAUAAGGAACUUGGCCUCAAUUUCUAGCAGUCUUUUACCAGCAUUUGGCACUAAUCCUGAUGAAGGUUACUUCGACCUAAAAAAAUAUGUUAUUGCUCCCUAUGAUCGCAGAUAUAGAUUGUGGCAAACGUUCCUAGUGGUAUUGGUGGUGUACUCAGCAUGGGCAUCUCCAUUCGAGUUAGCUUUCAGAGAGAUGUCAAUUGGGUCCAUGUUGAUUGCUGAUCUUGUUGUUGAUGCCUUCUUUGCAUUUGACAUAAUCCUGACAUUCUUUGUGGCUUACUUGGAUAAAUCAACUUAUUUCCUUGUUGAUGACCAUAAGAAGAUUGCUAUCAGGUAUGUCAAACAUUUAUUCUUCCCCAUGGAUCUAGCUUCCACUCUGCCAUUUCAGCAGAUAUACCAACUUAUAGCAGGCAAAUCACACGACAGAGGGGAAGUCUUUGGCUUUCUGAACAUGCUUAGACUCUGGCGAUUGAGGCGUGUUAGUGAGCUCUUCUCAAGGCUAGAGAAAGACAUCAGGGUCAGCUACUCAGUAACAAGAGUCUGUAAACUGUUAUGCGUUACGCUAUUUGCAGUGCACUUCACAGGCUGCGUGUAUUUUUGGUUGGCUUUCCAUCACAAAUCACCCGGAAACACGUGGAUUGGGAAGCAGGUAGAGGAUUUUAAGCAUAGGAGUGUCGGAUCGGGUUACACUUACUCCAUGUAUUGGUCUAUUGUAACCCUUACCACUGUUGGCUAUGGAGAUUUACAUGCAGAAAAUACAACGGAGAAGGUUUUCAAUAUUUUUUAUAUGCUGUUUAACAUCGGACUCACUGCAUAUAUUAUCGGAAACAUGACAAAUCUGGUGGUUCAUAGCUCUGUCCGAACCUUUGCUAUGAGGGACGCCUUCAACAAAAUAUUACAAUAUGCGAGCAAAAAUGGUCUCCCAGAAGGUUUGAAGGACCAAAUGUUGGCACAUACACAACUGAAGUUCAAGACAGCAGAGUUACAGCAAGAAGAAGUGCUACAGGACCUACCUAAAGCAAUUAGAGCCGGUAUUGCUCAGCAUCUUUUCCACAACGUAGUUGAAAAAACAAAUUUAUUUAAAGGAGUCUCAGAUGAUUUUAUAUCCCAAAUGGUAUCAGAUAUGAAAGCAGAAUACUACCCGUCAAAGGUUGACAUCAUCUUGCAAAAUGAGAUGCCGGCAUAUUUCUACAUUUUGGUAUCUGGAUCAGUGGAUGUGUUGAUAUUAAAGAAUGGGUCUGAACAGUUUUUGUUCAAACUAGAUCCUGGAAGCAUGGUAGGAGAAAUAGGUGUGAUGUUUAAUAUCCCACAACCUUAUACAGUGAGAAGUAGAAGACUAUCCCAGCUUAUACGAAUCGAUCAUCAUCAUUUCAAGCAGCUGGUGAAACCAUUUAAUGAAGAUGGGAAGGCAAUCAUCACCAACUUUACUCAGUUUAUGAAGGGCCUAAAAGGCGGGGUGCUGGAAGAAAUACCGUAUGUAACAGAAUUUCUGAGUGAUUUGGAAGACGAGCAUCCGACACAAAAUGAGGGCACAAAUGAUGACAUUUCAAAGUACCAUGAAGAAAAUCCAUAUGAAGAAGGAGAAACAGAAAAUUCCAGUCCUAUGUCAAGCCUAGUCCCGAUUAGAGUCAAAAUCCAUGGACAUCACCCCAACGAAAACAUUGAAAAUGGAACAACACCAAAGCUCAUUAUCCUACCAGAUUCAGUCGAAGAUCUUCUCAGAGUAGCAGAGUACAAGUUUGGAAAAAGAGGAAGCAAAAUUCUUAUGGCUGACAGCUCAGAAGUAGAAGAUCUAUGCGCCCUAAGAGAGGAUGACGAGUUAUAUAUCAUCUAAUCUUCGCACCAAAUAGAGACAAUUACAAUCUUGUUAUCUAAACAUGAUAUGAUUGCAAUGUAUAAAGUAAGAAAAACAUGCAUGGAAUUUUGAAAUAUGUGGAAAUAAAAUUCUUAGCAUAUUAAAAUGAAAAAGGAUCGAAUAAUAUUACCCUAA